AUGAAGCCACAAGCUUUUGGAGCGGGUCGCGCAGGUUCGAUGUUUGAUCCGAUUGAAUUUUUAAAGAAACCACAAGUUAUCCUACGUCUUGUUGCUUGGGUAUUUGCAAUUGUUGUAUUUGCUUGCAUCGCUCAGGAGGGACAUGUAUCGGGCCAGUUGUAUACUGCACUUGAUAUUUAUUUUCCAAAUUUAUCUAAUAUCAAUCAUCGAAAAUAUGUUGUUUUAUCUGAAUUAAUUGUAUCAGGCAUAUUUGUCGUCUUUUGGUUCACUGCAUUUUGUUAUAUGGCUGAUCAAUGGCGUCGAGAAAAAUAUAAAGAAUUACCCAACUGGAAUGGACGAAACAGUGUUCAAGCUGCAAUUGCAUUUGCCUUUUUCUCAAUUAUUGUCUGGAUUGCAUUGGCCUAUUUUGCAUUUCACCGUUAUCGUGAAGGUGUCUCAGACUUAUUCUGUUCGAGCUAUGAAGAUCAUACGAAUAAUCCGGUUGGUGAUCAAGCGCAAGCAUCCUAUCCUGGAUUUACAGGCGUUGUCGGUACAAGUUCAGGCUUUCAACAGCCUCCAUUUAUACCAACACUACAAAUAUCAAACUAUCAGCCACCAAAUAAUGAUAUACUUAUUCAACGUGCACAGAUUGAAAAUGCAGACAAGAAUAAUGAUUCGACGAAAGUGACAAAUAUUAUUCAUAAUUAUUUUUUCACCAACAAAUAG